AUGGUAUACCUUACUUUAGAUGAGGCUCAAAACAAAGUAUUUUUUGCGCACACUCAAUUCUGGUUGUGCAGUACUACACACGUUCGCAGUACGAUGCUACUCGUCCACAACACGUGGCCUUGA